AUGUAUGCUUUGUUACCUAAUGAAGGAGAAGGUGUCGGAAGUGAGCAAAUUGAUAGAAUUAUUGUUGGAUCAAGCAAAACAAAGAAACAGAAGAAAAAAACUUCAAGAUCAGAACAUCAAAAAAACAAUGUAGAUUCUGGAGAGUCAGAUGUUAACAAAGAUAAAGAAGAGACAAAACAAAGUGAUAGCACGGUUGUUGGAAUGAUGAAAAGGAAAGGUUCUGAGAGAAGUACAGCUGUUAAGGAUAGUAAGAAAUCGUCGGAAGCAAGUGGUGAUAGGAAAAAACCAAGAAGUUUAAAUGAGUUACUUAUGGAGAAUAUGAGUGGGUCAAAGAAAAACAGUGAAAGACAAAUUUGGUGUUCAAAUGGAAGAUGA